AUGUCGAAUACCGAUUUCCUUGGUCGGGCCAUCGACACGGUUCGUCGGGCCAUAGACGCCGAUAAUGGUAACCAGUACGACAAGGCCUACCAGCUCUACUACCAGUCACUCGAGCUGUUCAUGUUGGCCCUGAAGUGGGAGAAGAACCCCAAGUCCAAAGAAAUGAUCCGCCAGAAGACUGCCGAGUAUAUGGACCGUGCAGAGAAGCUCAAGUCGCAUCUCUCCGACGCAGAUACCAAGCGUAAGAAGCCAGGCAUGGUCGGCGCAAACGGUUCAUCUACCGCCGGUACAGGCAAAGGCAAACAGGAUGGGGAAGACGGAGCCGUUGACGAGGACAGCAAGAAACUGCGCAACGCCCUCGCUGGCGCCAUACUGCAGGACCGACCAAACGUCAAGUGGGAUGAUGUUGCCGGGCUGGACGGCGCCAAGGAGGCCUUGAAGGAGGCUGUCCUGCUGCCCAUCAAGUUUCCACAUCUGUUCAAGGGGAAACGUCAGCCGUGGAAGGGAAUCUUACUAUACGGGCCCCCUGGUACGGGUAAGAGUUAUCUGGCCAAGGCGGUGGCUACAGAGGCAGACAGCACCUUCUUCAGCGUGAGCAGUAGUGACUUGGUGAGCAAAUGGAUGGGUGAGAGUGAAAGAUUAGUCAAGCAGCUCUUCGCCAUGGCCCGCGAGAACAAACCUUCCAUCAUUUUCAUCGACGAAGUAGAUGCCCUCUGUGGACCCCGCGGUGAAGGCGAGUCGGAGGCUUCCCGAAGAAUCAAGACCGAAAUGUUAGUACAGAUGGAUGGUGUAGGCAAAGACUCGACUGGUGUGUUGGUACUUGGCGCCACGAACAUCCCCUGGCAACUAGACGCUGCCAUUCGAAGACGAUUCCAGCGGAGAGUGCACAUCAGCCUACCCGAUGUUGGUGCCAGGACUACCAUGUUCAAGCUCGCCAUUGGAGAGACACCCACCACGUUAAAAAACGAAGACUACCGCGAACUGGCAAAGCUUGCAGAGGGUUACUCUGGAAGUGAUAUCACCAUCGCCGUGCAAGAUGCCCUUAUGCAACCCGUACGGAAGAUUCAACAGGCGACUCACUUCAAGGAGGUACAAAUGGACGGCCAGACAAAGCUAACACCGUGCUCGCCUGGUGAUCCUGGGGCGAAAGAGCUGACCUGGGAUGACAUCGACGGCGAGUCGCUAUUGGAACCGCAUGUUGACUUCAAAGAUUUUGUCAAAGCCAUCAAGGGGUCGCGGCCAACGGUCGCCGACGCCGAUUUGAAGCGCAACCAGGAAUGGACCCACGAGUUUGGAAGCGAGGGCAACUAG